AAGCGGAAGUGCCGGGCGGAGCCGGGCCGCUUUGAUCGCAGUGAGGAUGAGGAGGCCCGUCUCCAGUCUGCGUUUGAGCUCCAGUGUGAAGGUGAAGCUGGUCAGAACUGGUUUCCAGUUCACCACCGACCUGCAGGACCUGGACCCGGAUCAGCUGAGCGCAGAGGCCAGUAUCUCCCAGCAGGAGGCGCUGGAAGCGCUGCAGGCUGCCAGAGCAGGAGAAGGCGGAGCCUCUGUGACGGCGCUGGAGCUGCUGCAGAAGGAGGAGGAGCUGAGGAGCGUGGUGACGUUCUCCUCGCAGCUGGACCACGCCCUGGGAGGAGGAGUUCCUGUCGGGAAGGUGACGGAGAUCUGCGGAGCCGCAGGAGUCGGAAAAACACAGCUGGGCCUGCAGCUGGCCGUGGACGUCCAGGUGCCGCCAUGCUUCGGGGGCCUCGGAGGUCAGGUGAUGUUCCUGGACACGGAGGGCAGCUUCCAGCUUCAGAGGGUCGUGGACCUCGCCGGCGCCGCCGUCCGACACUGCUCUCUUCUGGCUGAGGAUGAGGAGCAGCGGGUCGCCAUGACGACCUUCUCUGUGGAGACAAUCCUGUCCAACAUCUUCCUGGUGCGUUGCCGUGACUACGUGGAGCUGUUGGCUGAGCUACAUCUGCUGCCGAACUUCCUGCGGGACCGGCCAAAGCUCCGCCUCCUCGUCAUCGACAGCGUGGCGUUUCCAUUCCUGCAGCUUCAUGACGAUCUGUCCCAGAGGACACGCCUCCUGCAAGGCCUCGGCCUGCAGCUUGUAUCCAUGGCAACCAGCCAGAACAUUGCCGUGCUGAUCACCAACCACAUGACCACUCGGCUGCGGGGCAGCCAGUCGCAGCUGGUUCCAGCUCUAGGGGACAUCUGGGGCCACGCCCCCUCCAUCAGGCUCCUCCUCCAGUGGGAGGGGCCCCGGCGGCUGGCCUCCAUUCUCAAAUCUCCGGCCCACAUAGAGGCAACUGUCCAAUACCAGAUCACCUGUGAGGGCUUCAGAGACGCCGACCAAUCAGAGCAGCUGCAGAGCAAAAGGCCUCGAAUUCAGAGCAGCCAAUGAAAGACCAGCGUUUAACACCGGCAGCAGAUGAUUGGUCCAAACCUUCAGCCUGUUUGUAUGACGGUGAAGGCCCCUCCCCCUGUGUGAUGUCACCCAGGUGGACCAGCAGCUGGUUUUAGACAAAUGAAUGCUGAUCCUGCAGCUCCAACGUUUUCACAGGUGCUGCAUCAAACUGCGGCUGCAGCUGAUUGGCUGAACCCAAACGACCUCAGCGCUGUGAUGUCAUCUUCAGGAAGAACCGUCAUGACUGCCUCCACCUCGACCACAGAUCAAAAACAUCUGAAUUCAAUCAACUUGGAUUGUUUGUCACCAUGGUAACUGAGCAGGAUGUUUCGCUCUUCGAUCAUCAACCAAUA